UACAACUCAUUAGCUGUUCAUCUCAAUGCAAGCAACAAUGACUUGCGUGGAGUAGUGAAGCAAUCGCUGGUGAUGCUCAGGUGGCUGUUGGUUUAGCGAGCGACGUCACGGCCCCACCACGUCGCGGCGCUGUCGGCCAACCGACGCGGGCGCACCACGGCCGAGACUUUCUCCUCGCGACACCUCUGCCGGUGAAACGAGCGUCGCCGCGAGUCGCACACGCAGCCGCGCGCGAGUCGACCGCCUUCGACGCUGGCGCGACAACAUCGACCACUACCCACACUUCCGCGUACAAACAUUAACCGCUUUCGCUCCGUAAACAGUUUUCGUGUGAACUAUUUGUGUACUACAUCGAUAACAUCCGACCGGAGACAGUGUAUGGGGUGUCGUGACUGAAACAAUCAAUUUAGUUUGUACACCAAAGUGAUGCUUUUGUGGAAUUAAGAGGUUCUAAAAAAAUAACAUGGCUGCGCCGGAUACGGUAGGGAGUCGAAUAUGGCUCCUGAUGAUAUUGGUCUCAACACUACAAGUUUUAAUACCGGUGUUCUGUGAUCCAGAAGUGUACUACGAGAAGCAGCGGUAUGAUGGUUGGUUCAACAAUAGAGCUUACCCAGACUGGGGAUCCGUUGGUAGUCGUCUCACACGCAAAACUCCAGCAUCAUACGCUGAUGGAGUCUACAUGAUGGCAGGCGUCGACAGACCCGGCGCCAGAACAUUAUCCAAACUCUUCAUGAGAGGACAAGAUGGAUUGCCUUCAUUAGCUAACAGGACAGCAUUAUUGGCGUUCUUUGGCCAGGUCGUAACCGGCGAGAUUGUAAUGGCAUCCGAGUCGGGCUGUCCUAUCGAGCACCAUCGCAUACCAGUGGACAAAUGUGACCACAUGUACGACCCAGAAUGCAACGGAGCCAAGUACAUGCCGUUUCUUAGAGCAGCAUAUGAUCGGAACACUGGUCAGAGUCCUAACAGUCCUCGAGAGCAGAUAAACCAAAUGACUUCGUGGAUCGACGGCAGCUUCGUGUACAGUACGAGUGAGGCGUGGGUGAAUGCAAUGAGGUCAUUUCAGAACGGGAGUCUUGCGAGUGAAGGAGGGAUGCCCCUACGCAACACAAAGCGAGUGCCUCUAUUCAACAAUCCCGUACCGCAUUAUAUGAGGAUGCUCAGCCCUGAAAGAUUAUUCUUAUUGGGUGAUCCGCGUACCAAUCAAAAUCCAGCGAUGGUGACGUUUGGUAUCUUACUGCUUCGGUGGCACAACGUAGUGGCCGCUCGCGUACAUCGACAACAUCCUGGGUGGAGUGACGAACAACUUUUCCAACGCGCAAGAAGAAUUGUUAUUGCUAGUUUGCAGAACAUAAUCCUCAAUGAGUACGUGCCAGCAUUUUUGGGUGUCCCACUACCGCCAUACAAAGGUUACCGCGCGGACGUGGCGCCAGGAGUGACGCACUCGUUCGCAGUGGCCGCCUUCCGCUUCGGCCAUACUCUCGUACCACCCGCCAUACUACUGAGGGACAGAAACUGUAAAUUUGGACGAGCUCCUGGAGGACAUGACGCCAUUAGACUGUGCCAAACUUGGUGGGAUGGAAAUGAUGUGAUGUCUCAAGUACCGAUUGAAGAAGUAUUAUUGGGAAUGGCGUCUCAAGUAUCAGAAAGAGAAGACGCCCUACUAUGUUCCGAUGUUCGUGACAAUCUAUUUGGACCAAUGGAAUUUUCCAGAAGAGACCUCGGAGCUCUUAACAUUAUGCGAGGACGAGAUAAUGGACUCCCAGACUAUAAUACAGCAAGAGAAUAUUUUGGAUUGAAGAAAAUAAAAACUUUUAACGAAAUCAACCCUCAACUCUUCGAAAACAACCCGGAUCUAUUGCAAAAACUGAUUCAAGCUUACAAUGGAAGACUUGACAACAUUGAUGUUUAUAUUGGUGGAAUGUUGGAAUCUACUGGUCAUCCCGGGGAACUGUUCAGAGCUAUCAUAAUAGACCAGUUUACCAGAAUCAGAGACGCUGACAGAUUUUGGUUUGAAAAUGAACAAAAUGGUAUCUUCACAAAGGAAGAGAUCGAGGAACUCCGUCAGAUUACAAUGUGGGAUAUAAUAGUGAACAGUACGUCUCUUGGUCCACGGGACUUACAACGCGAUGUGUUCCACUGGCGCGCUGGAGACCCUUGCCCUCAACCAUACCAGCUGAAUGCAUCCAAGUUACCACCCUGCAAGUACCUUAGGGGCUACGACUACUUUGAAGGCAACGAGUUUGCAUACAUCUACAUUUGCUUGAUACUCGCUUUCGUACCAAUACUUUGCGCUGGCGCAGGAUACGGAGUGGUUAAACUACAAAACAGUCGCAGAAGAAAACUGAAAAUCCAACAAGAGCACUUGAAAAAUGCACAGUACAAAGGUUCAGUGGAUAAAAUGGUAUGUCGUGAAUGGGUGCAUGCUUCACACAAAAGGCUGGUGAAGCUACGUUUGGGACCAGAACCCGCUUUACACGUCACUGAUCGGAAAGGAGACAAAUUACGAACCCUACCACUGGAUCACACUGAUCAACUCACAGUUCUUGAGAGUCAGGAAAGCAGAACGAAUAAACGUCCUCUAGUCUUGAUCCGUGCACCACGGGAACAUGAUCUCGUGUUAGAAAUGGACUCCGCAGCCUCACGGCGCAAGUUUCUAGUCAAACUGGACACAUUUUUAGCAAACCAUAAGAAGGCACUUAAUUUGACCCAGGGUCACCGUGAACAAAUUCUAGCAACAGCAGAAACAAGAGAACGAAGGCAACGUAAACUAGAACAUUUCUUUAGAGAAGCUUACGCCAUUACAUUUGGAUUGGCUCCCGGUGAGAAGAGGCAUCGGAGGAAUGAGGAGGCUGACCCUGAAUCUAUUGUAAUGAGAACAUCACUAUCAAAGAGUGAAUUCGCAAGCGCGCUUGGAAUGAAAGCAGAUGCUGUGUUCGUGAAGAAAAUGUUCAAUAUUGUCGACAAAGACGGAGAUGGCAGAAUCUCUUUCCAGGAAUUUUUGGACACGGUAGUCCUAUUUUCUCGAGGAGCCACAGAAGACAAGCUUCGCAUUAUCUUUGACAUGUGUGACGAUGAUCGUAACGGUGUGAUUGAUAAAGGAGAGCUCAGUGAGAUGUUGCGCUCCCUAGUUGAGAUCGCCAGGACCACGUCACUGAGAGACGAACACGUUACUGAACUUAUUGACGGCAUGUUCUCUGAUGCCGGUCUCCAACAUAAAGAUCAUCUAACGUACUCAGACUUCAAAGUAAUGAUGAAGGAAUACAAAGGAGAGUUUGUCGCCAUCGGCUUAGACUGCAAGGGAGCCAAGCAAAACUUCCUCGAUACGUCUACAAACGUUGCGAGGAUGACCAGCUUCCAUAUCGAACCACCUAUGGAACAGUCCAGGCACUGUCUUCUCCUAAAAUGGGACUACCUAACAACUUUCUUAGAAGAGAACAGACAGAACAUUUUCUACCUAUUCGUCUUCUACGUGGUGACUAUCGGACUGUUUGUAGAAAGAUUUGCACAUUAUUCGUUCAUGUCGGAACAUCUAGACUUGAGACAUAUCAUGGGUGUUGGUAUUGCCAUCACCAGAGGUUCUGCUGCCUCUUUAUCUUUCUGCUACAGUCUGCUACUAUUGACCAUGUCGAGGAAUCUGUUGACCAAAUUAAAGGAAUUCAGCAUACAACAAUACAUUCCACUAGACUCGAGUAUACAGUUCCACAAAAUAGUGGCAUGUACUGCACUAUUCUUCUCUCUACUACACACGGCAGGACAUAUGGUGAACUUCUACCACGUGUCGACGCAGCCAGUAGAGAACUUACGUUGUCUCACCAAAGAAGUACACUUCACGUCUGAUUUCAGACCUGGCAUUACGUACUGGGUAUUCCAAACUGUUACAGGUGUGAGUGGAGUGUUACUAUUCGUGAUAAUGUGCAUAAUCUUCGUAUUCGCGCACCCUGUGAUCCGCAAGCGCGCAUAUCCGUGGUUCUGGCGCGCACACUCCCUACAUGUGCUCCUUUAUGCGCUCUGCCUCGUACAUGGCCUCGCAAGGCUCACUGGAGCACCUCGGUUCUGGAUAUUCUUCUUAGGACCUGCUAUUAUUUAUACGCUUGAUAAGGUGGUCUCCCUACGAACAAAGUACUUAGCAUUGGAUGUAUUAGAAACCGAAAUGUUACCAUCAGACGUGAUCAAGAUAAAGUUCUACAGACCACCGAAUCUAAAAUAUUUAUCAGGUCAAUGGGUGCGGUUAUCUUGCACGGCAUUCAAGAAGGAAGAGUUCCAUUCAUUCACGUUAACGUCAGCUCCUCACGAGAACUUCUUGUCGUGUCACAUCAAAGCACAAGGCCCCUGGACAUGGAAACUAAGGAAUUACUUCGAUCCCUGCAACUUUAAUACCGAAGAUCAUCCUAAAAUUAGGAUCCAAGGUCCAUUCGGUGGUGGAAACCAAGACUGGUACAAGUUCGAGGUGGCAGUGAUGGUAGGCGGUGGUAUCGGAGUCACGCCUUACGCGUCGAUACUAAACGACCUCGUGUUCGGGACAUCCACCAACCGAUACUCAGGGGUCGCCUGCAAAAAGGUAUACUUCUUAUGGAUAUGUCCAUCACACAAACACUUCGAGUGGUUCAUCGACGUGCUUCGCGACGUAGAACGUAAGGACGUCACCAACGUUCUGGAAAUACACAUUUUCAUCACGCAGUUCUUCCACAAGUUCGAUCUCAGAACCACUAUGCUGUACAUCUGCGAGAAUCACUUCCAGCGUCUGUCACGGACGUCGAUGUUCACCGGCUUGAAGGCGGUGAAUCACUUUGGGAGGCCAGACAUGUCCUCCUUCCUCAAGUUUGUUCAGAAGAAACAUAGUUAUGUAUCAAAAAUCGGUGUUUUCUCGUGCGGUCCCCGUCCUCUCACCAAAUCCGUGAUGUCUGCGUGCGAACAAGUGAACAGGACGAGGCGCCUGCCUUACUUCAUACAUCACUUCGAGAACUUCGGAUAAUAUUGUAUACAUACAUUUCUAUUAUGUAGAUAUAUUUCGUUGCCGUCUUGGCUAAUGAUAAUAUGUAGGGCGAAACGGACUAAUGUAUCGAUAACAAUUAUGUAAAAUUUGUAAAUAAACAUUAUUUAUGUUGAAUAUUUAAUUGGUGAUAUACAAGCCUCAGUUACCAAUUAUACCAACACGUUUUGAAAUAUAAUAGGUAAUCAUAAUCACAGUCUCAGCAGUUUUAAAAACCGCAAAUGUUAGAAAUAGAAAGCACUUCAUUUAUGUAACAAUUUUUUAAAUGUUUUUGAGUGAGACGUUAUUUAAUCUUUUGAUUCGCUGUUUCGUCCUACAUUGUGUUACUUAAAUACAAAAUUGCUUUUGAAAUUUUAAUCCGUAUUCGUAAAACCAUUUUUGUUGAAUCCAAACAUAUUAUCAUAUCGAUCGGUAUUUAUUGGCUAACAGAAAUGCUCAAGACGAAUAUUGUAGACAUUCCUGUAAAACUUAGAUUAACCUAAUUUAUUUAUUUUUUAGUAUUGUAUGCUUUUAUGAAUCAGAACAAUGAUGUAGUACAAAAACAUCAAUCGCGCAUUUGAAUGUACAAAAAAUCAUUAAAUAGUUUAUAACGUUAGUAAAUAUAAUACUCAUUGCGAUCUAAAUUGUGUUAUUUAUACAACGGUGCUCUAAAGAGCUGUAUUGUAAAUAAUGUAUAAAUUGUAUUGGCUUUAGUGUAAUUGUAUUCUUAUGUUGAAUUUAUUGUAAAUAAAUAUUUAUA